GUCCGUGCGUGCGUGUGUGGAAAUCUCGGGAUCGCCCAUCAGUCAGUGGCACCGGAGCUUCACACGGGUCCAAAUCCCCUUCACAUCACCGCCGCGUUUCCUCUUACCGAUGAAGUGAACCCAGAACAGGAAAACAAGGAAGAUACAAAUACAAACGAAGGAUCCAUUCGGGAAUCUCAUGCGGAUUAUUAUGCUUUGACAUCUUUCCGGUGGAAUCUGAGCGAGAAUCCUGGGAAUACGAUCUCUACGCUGGACGACGAUACCCACAAGUCAACAUGAACGUGUUUUCCUCUAAGGUUAAAAAACGACCAUAGUGGGACCAGAGUUCUUCAUAUUUUUUUUUGGAGGGAAAACCCCGCCUCCUGAUUUGAUUUCACGUAUCUGUGCCGUCAUUUAUGACAAAUAAAACUGUCCUCUGACAGAAAUCAGACUGUUCAACAAAACUGGCCUUAUGACUGUUACUUAAGACUGUUCUCCAUCUCUAUUGUCCUCCGUUCACUUUUUAAGGAUUUUACCUUCUCUGCUCUUUGACGUCAGUGUCCCGUAUUAAACAAAUCUUUUACACGUACACUGGGAUGUACUUUGGAUAUACGGACCUUUGAACCAAAGCUAUUUUUUCAAUGCUUUCCUAUUGCACAGGAUUAUAAACCCCCCUUAAAACUUCCAGCACUUUCACCAUGACUCUGCUCAGAUACCCGGUCCAGCUGCAGCUGCUGCUCAGUACUGUGCUCGGCUCCUGCUUGGGUUUGGAAUUUCUGGGAGCUCGAGGACAGUGGGCCCGUUUUCUCCGCUGGGACGCCAGCACCAGAAGUGACCUCAGCUUCAGGAUCAAAACGGACGUGUCCACCUCGUUGAUCUUGUACUUUGAUGAUGGUGGCUACUGUGACUUCCUGCAGAUGAUGGUGGUGGAGGGGAAGCUGCAGCUGAGGUUCAGCAUCGACUGUGCUGAGACCACGCUGGUUUCGGGUAAACGGGUCAACGACAGCAGCUGGCACUCGGUCACCGUGAGCAGAUCCAACCUGCGGACGGUGCUGGGCGUGGACGGAGACAGCAAGGCCGACGAGGUGCGACCUCAGAGGCAGUACAUGAAGAUCGUUAGUGACCUCUUCCUGGGCGGAGUCCCCCAGGACAUUCGACCCUCUGCCCUGACCUUACCCACCGCCAAGGACCUGCCGCCUUUUAAAGGAGUUAUCAGGGACCUGAAAUAUGGCAACAAGGAGCCUACACUGCUUAGCAGCCAGAGGGUCCGAAUGAACACGGAGGGCGUCUGCACUGAGAACCCGUGUGAGAAUGGAGGGAUUUGCUCCCUUGUUGACGGGGAACCGCUAUGCGACUGUUCCAAGACGGAGUACAUCGGCCGAUUCUGCAGCAAAGCAGAGGCCAACAGCAUCCCAGGCUUGGCACACAUGAUGAUGGCCGAACAAGCCAAGAGCAAAGCGCGUGAGGAGAACGUGGCCACCUUUCGCGGCUCGGAAUACUUCUGCUACGACCUCUCGCAGAACCCCAUCCAGAGCAGCAGUGAUGAGAUCACUCUGUCCUUCAAGACCUGGCAGCGUAACGGGCUUAUUCUGCACACGGGCAAAUCGGCCGACUACGUCAACCUGGCGCUGAAGGACGGCGCGGUCUCCCUGGUCAUCAAUCUCGGUUCUGGAGCCUUCGAAGCCAUCGUAGAGCCAGUCAAUGGCAAAUUCAACGAUAAUGCCUGGCACGAUGUCAAAGUUACACGCAAUCUCAGACAGGUCACCAUCUCCGUGGACGGCAUCCUCACCACCACAGGGUACACGCAGGAGGACUACACCAUGCUGGGCUCAGAUGAUUUCUUCUACGUUGGAGGAAGCCCGAGCACUGCUGACUUGCCCGGGUCACCCGUCAGCAACAACUUCAUGGGCUGCCUCAAAGAGGUCGUGUAUAAGAACAACGACAUCCGCUUGGAGCUUUCUCGGCUGGCACGCAUCGUGGACCCAAAGAUGAAGAUCCAGGGAGAUGUUGUGUUUAAGUGCGAGAACGUGGCCACACUGGACCCCAUCUCGUUCGAGACGCCUGAAGCCUACAUCAGCCUUCCCAAGUGGAACACCAAGCGCAUGGGCUCCAUCUCGUUCGACUUCCGCACCUCAGAGCCCAACGGCCUGAUCCUGUUCACGCACGGUAAACCGCAGGACAGGAAGGCGACGGGGAGCCAGAAGAACACCAAGGUGGACUUUUUCGCUGUGGAGCUGCUGGACGGGAGUCUGUACCUGCUGCUGGACAUGGGCUCGGGGACCAUCAAGGUCAAAGCCACACAGAAUAAAGUGAACGACGGGACGUGGUACCAUGUGGACAUCCAGAGAGAUGGAAGAUCAGGUACUAUAUCCGUAAACAGCCGCCGUACACCGUUCACAGCCAGCGGAGAGAGCGAGAUCCUGGACCUGGAGGGCGAUAUGUACCUUGGUGGACUUCCUGAGAAUCGUGCCGGUCUCAUCCUGCCCACCGAGCUCUGGACCGCCAUGCUUAACUACGGCUACGUGGGCUGCAUCCGGGACCUGUUCAUCGACGGACGCAGUAAAGACAUCAGGCGGAUCGCCGAGGAGCAGAACGGAGCGGGAAUCAAACCGUCCUGCAACAAGGUGACGGGGAAGCAGUGCGAGAGCUACCCGUGUAAGAACAAGGGGGUGUGUAAGGAGGGCUGGAACCGCUUCAUCUGUGACUGCACUGGAACUGGAUACUGGUCCCGUACCUGCGAGAGAGAGGCCUCGAUCCUGAGCUACGACGGCAGCAUGUACAUGAAGGUGGUGAUGCCGACGGUGAUGCACACCGAGGCCGAGGACGUGUCCCUGCGCUUCAUGUCUCAGCGAGCGUACGGCCUGCUCAUGGCCACCACGUCACGUGAGUCUGCCGACACCCUGCGUCUGGAACUGGACGGCAGCCGCGUCAAACUCACCGUCAACUUAGACUGUAUCAGGAUUAACUGUAACUCCAGCAAGGGACCAGAGACACUGUAUGCUGGACAAAAACUCAAUGACAAUGAGUGGCAUACGGUGCGGGUGAUCCGGCGCGGUAAAACCUACAAGCUCACAGUUGACGAUGACGUAGCUGAAGGUCAGAUGGUGGGCGACCAUACCCGCCUGGAGUUCCACAACAUCGAGACAGGUGUGAUGACCGAGCGCCGAUUUGUCUCACACAUCCCAUCCAGCUUCAUCGGCCACUUGCAGAGCCUCAGGUUCAACGGCCUGCUGUACAUCGACCUGUGCAAGAACGGCGACAUCGACUUCUGCGAGCUGAACGCACGCUUCGGUAUGCGCUCCAUCAUUGCCGACCCAGUGACCUUCAAAGCCAAGAGCAGCUACCUGAGCCUGGCCACGCUGCAGGCCUAUACCUCCAUGCACCUGUUCUUCCAGUUCAAGACCACUUCAGCGGACGGCAUCAUCCUGUUCAACAGCGGCGACGGGAGCGACUUUAUCGCCGUGGAGCUGGUUAAAGGGUACAUCCAUUACGUCUUCGAUCUCGGUAACGGUCCCAACCUCAUCAAAGGCAAUAGUGACCGAGCUCUGCAUGACAACCAGUGGCACCACGUGGUCAUCACCAGAGACAACAGCAAUCUCCACACCCUCAAAGUCGAUGCCAAGGUUGUCAAUCAAGUGGUUAACGGUGCCAAGAACCUGGACCUAAAAGGUGAUCUAUUCAUAGCUGGUUUGGGCCCCAACAUGUACAACAGCCUGCCCAAACUGGUAGCCUCGAGGGAGGGCUUUAAAGGUUGCCUGGCGUCGGUGGAUCUGAACGGGCGUCUGCCGGACCUGAUAAACGACGCUCUGUUCCGCAGUGGGCAGAUAGAGCGUGGAUGCGAAGCAUCGAAAAGUGAACUUGGUUUCGCCAAAGCAGACCUGCAAGGUCCUAGCACCACGUGUCAGGAGGACUCCUGUGCCAACAUGGGCGUCUGCAUCCAGCAGUGGGAGAACUACACCUGUGACUGCUCCAUGACCUCCUUCACCGGCAUGCACUGCAACGACCCUGGAACGACGUUCAUCUUUGGGAAAGGAGGAGGUCUGAUCACCUACAACUGGCCGGCUAACGAGCGGCCGAGCACGCGCAUGGACCGUCUGACUGUGGGCUUCAGCACCUCUCUGAAGGAUGGGAUCCUGGUGCGGAUCGACAGCGCUCCGGGGCUGGGAGACUACAUCAUGCUCCACAUUGAACAAGGAAAGAUCAGCGUCACGUUCAACAUCGGGCUGGUGGACAUCGUGGUGCAGGAAAGCAGCAUGCCGGUGAACGACGGCAAGUAUCACGUGGUGAGAUUCACGCGUAACGGGGGCAACGCCACGCUUCAGGUGGACAACUGGGCCAUCAAUGAGCACUUCCCCUCAGGCAACAACGAUAAUGAGAGAUUGCAAAUGGCAAAUAAGAAAAUCCCGUUCAAAUAUGCCCGGCCUGUAGAGGAGUGGCUGCAAGAGAAAGGGCGCCAGUUAACGAUCUUCAACACGCAGGCCAGCAUCAGCAUCGGUGGCGCCGACCGCAGGAGACCGUUUCAGGGCCAGCUCUCAGGCCUCUACUACAACGGGCUCAAGGUGCUCAACAUGGCCGCUCAGGGCAACCCCAACAUCAGGAUCAACGGCAGUGUGAGGCUGGUGGGCGACGUCCCCGCUGCCGGAUCGGCCCGCACCACGGCCAUGCCCCCGGAGAUGUCCACCACUUUCAUUGAGACCACAACCACCAUGUCCACCACCACCACGAGAAAACACCGCUCGCCACCAACAAUAUCGAGCACAGACGACAUCGUCACGUCAGCCGAGUGCUCCAACGACGACGAGGACCUGGAGGAGUGUAACUUCGAGCACGCAGGUGGGCUAGGAGGUGAAUUAGAUCCCCUAGUACUCCCUCCCGUAGCUACACGUGCACCCUUCAUCCCUCCCCCCCCAACCCUCCGCCCCCCCCUCACCAUUAUUGAGACCACCAAAGAGUCCCUGUCCAUGUCCACUGAGGCGGGCCUGCCCUGCUUGUCGGACCAAGGCAGCGAUGAUUGUGAUGAUGGUGAUGAUGAUGAUGAUGAUGAUGAUGAUGAUGAUGAUGGCUUGGUUUCUGGGUAUGGCUCUGGGGAAUCGUAUGACUCUAACCUGCCCCCUACUGAUGAUGAAGAUGUUUACACCACCUUCUCCUUGGUCACAGAUAAGACCUUAUCCACGUCGGCCUUUGAAGGUGGCUACAAAGCUCACACGCCUAAGUGGGAAGUCAAGGACUUUAGACCCAACAAAGCCUCCGAGCACGGUAGGACUACUACUACCGCAUCAUUUCCCCCCAAUCCGAGCCGCUCCACCACCACCACCACCACCACCUCCGCCGCCGUGGCGCCGCCCAAAUGGCCUGCGGGCAAAAUGAAUAACCGAGAGCUUAAACCCCAACCCGACAUAGUCUUGCGUCCAUUGCCCACAUCCUAUGACGUUAACCGCAAAAAGCCGAAGAGCCCGUUAAUAACCUCCCCCAUGUUCCGUAAUGUACCCACAGCGAUCCCCACGGAGCCGGGCGUCAGGCGCAUUCCCGGGGCCUCCGAGGUCGUCCGGGAAUCUAGCAGCACCACCGGAAUGGUCGUCGGGAUCGUUGCUGCUGCCGCUUUGUGCAUCCUCAUCCUCCUGUACGCCAUGUAUAAGUACAGAAACAGGGACGAGGGGUCGUACCAGGUGGACGAGAGCCGCAAUUACAUAACCAACUCGGCGCAGAGCAACGGCACGGUCAUGAAGGACAAGCAGCACGGCUCCAAAGGCAGCAACAAGAAACAGAAAAACAAGGACAAGGAAUAUUACGUGUGAAAACGUGAGACGGUGAAACGGGUGACGACGAGGUGUAUCGGGAGCUGCGCUAACGGAGAGAGAGAGACGAGAGAGAGAGAAAGAGAGAGAGAGAGAGAUUUUCAUUCUGGCACUGUGCCGAGGCACUGAGCUCUCACACCAACUGUAAUAUAAAGCACACUAUCGUGUAAGCAAACCUUGAUGGUAAAUAGCGACAUUAGUGACCUUUAUUCUUCGAUCCGGUCGACGGCGUUAUCAGUGUAGAAAACUUCACAGCUACAUCCUUAUCCUUAAAAAAAAAAAAAAAAAGACUCUUAAAAAAGGUAUGUGAUCCUUGGCAUUUUUUUUUUUUUAAAUCCUGUAAAAGAAAAAAAAACCUUUUGCCUGUGAGAGAGACAGAGCGACAGAGCGAGGAGGAAAAGCAAAAAGGAUCGUGGCUUUCGCAAAAGCAUGCGAGCGACGCGCCGUGUUCUAACAGAUGGACAAGAUAUAUAUAAAUACGUAUAAAUAUAUAUAUGUAUAUUGUGUGAAUGACGACGAAGGACUCUUGCCAAAAAAAAAAAAAUCUCUAUAUAAAUAACUAUGAAAGAUUUGUAUUGUUUAUACAUUAUAUGUUGUGUCAAUUUUAUUUUAUUUUUUUGGCUCUCAAAAAAAAAACAAAAAAAACAAAAAAAAAGAGAGAAAGAGAGAGAGAGAAAAGACGAGUGAAAAAAAUCGAUGUAGUAAACACGAUCAGACGAACCACGACGGCCGACGUGACGCUUUCCCGGCACCUCGUAUUCCAAACUCGACCAAACGAUUCGGAUUUCGCAAACCGACUGUGGAAGAACCGUAAAAAAAAAAACAACAACAAAAAAAAAAGGAAGGAAACGUUAAAAAAAAAAAAAACACGGAUCAUUUUGUGGAUUCGAGCGAAGUGGUGCGUUUUAUCUUUGUCUCAGUAAAGCGACUGAUUGUAAUGCAUGCCAUCUUUACACUACGAUGUACAGUAUGAUGUUCGGCUGAGGCUGAGCAGAUCUGCCAGACCACUCCAUCCAUCACACACACACACACACACACACACACACACACACACACACACACACACACACACACACACACACACACACACACAUCUAGUUUUUUUUUGUUUGUUUUUUUUUUGUUGUUUGUUUUUGGGUUUUUUUCUCCUCCUGACAUGACAUGACAUGACAUGACAUGACGUGACGUGACAUGACGUCACGUGACGUCACGUGACGCCGCCGAACCGAUCCACAAGGACGUCACGUUUCCUCCGCGGCCGAAUCUUUUUUGCGAUCAUGAUGUAUGUCGGUCCACUUCCUCUUGUUCUCUUUUUUUAUAUAAACAAGCUGUCCGGUGUCACUCCGACACUCCUACUAUAACGCUGUUACGGAUGUCUAUACGGAAAAAUAAACCUAACGUGAAAAGUGUGAAUUCUAUCUGUUGUCACGGCUGUCGACUGUGUCAGACGACAAAACGUCGAAGAAUAAUAAUAAUAAAAAAAAAAACAAAAAAAAAAAACCAAGGGUUUGUUUACAUAUUUUAUUAGAUAUGACGACAGCGCUUGUACUUUAUAGCUAGACGAUGUACAUAUUGAACUUGAGUUGUAUUUUUUAUUUAUUUAUUUGUUUAUUUGUUUAUUUAUUUAUUUAUUUUCUAAGUAAUGCUGUUGUACAGAGAUCGGAUCGUGAUCAUCUUAUCCCGUGUGCGAAGUGACGUUAAACGUGAAGAGACUCUGAAGUCACGAGAAAACAAACACACACACUUAUACACACACUUAUACACACACUUAUACACACACGAAGUAUUUUGUAACGGAAAUCAGAGAUUAUUGUUAGAUUAGAGGUCUAAUCUUUCUUAAGUCGCAUGGAUAUUUGAUUACUCGACGCUGUCAGUCAAACACAAAGACACACUUCUUUACCUGUACUGAGGUUUCCUUGUUAUCAGUUGUUUUUAUUUAUUGAAGGAAAAAAAAAUAAUAAAAAAGAUCCAACGGAAAUAUGUAACAAUAAAAGCCGUCAUAUGGAUGCAGACCUGCAGCUCACAGCUUUUACACGACGUCUGAUUCUUCUGAUGGUCUCCACGUGUCGUGGUGUGAAUGUGUACGUGUCUAUGAAGGUGUCGUUUCUGACGGACUCUCGGGUUAUAACCUGUUCGUAAGCCGGUGUACGUGUUUACGUCAUCGUGCGUUCUGGUUAAAGCUUUUCUGAAUGUUAACGCACGUCUUAUGUCACAUCGCAUGACGUCACUUUCACAUUUUACUGUUUUAAGUGUUUUUUUUUUGUUUGUUUUUUUGUUUUUUUUAU